AUGCUGCACAUAGUUGUAAGAAAGGCUCGAACAGAAGCCCUCAAACAGAACCUCUGGGGUGCAGAAGAAAGAAAGGUUUCCUUACUUGCUCAGGGAAAAUCAGAUGUUCAGGCUGUGUUAGUCGACAGGACCGUUUACAUUUCAGGACAGUUAGGUAUGAAUCCUUCAAGCGGACAGCUUGUGCCAGGAGGGGUGGUAGAAGAAGCUAAACAAGCUCUUACAAACAUGGGUGAAAUUCUAAAAGCUGCAGGCUGUGACUUCACUAAUGUGGUAAAAACAACUGUGUUGCUGGCUGACAUAAAUGACUUCACUGCUGUCAAUGAAGUCUACAAACAGUAUUUCAAGAGUAGUUUUCCUGCUAGAGCUGCUUACCAAGUUGCUGCUUUGCCCAAGGGAGGCCGAAUUGAGAUUGAAGCAAUAGCUGUCCAAGGACCACUCUCAUCAGCAUGA